UCCCAAACCACCCAACAACUUUGAAGCUUCAUAAACACCAGCAAACAUGGCAACCGGGUAGGUUUCUCGGUCCGGGGAACUGUAUUGUGACUUUGUACUAACAUCUCCUCUUCAAAACAGCUGGAGCGUCAUCAUCGGCGCCAUCAUAGUGGUGCUUGCUUGCCUAGCAGGCUGGUUCUUUGCGCCCAAAGGCGAAACACAAACGUACGCGCGCCUCUCACACUCUCCACUCCCCGAACAUUUCGCUAACAAGUCCGCAGAAUCUGGCGAAGCUCGCUGAUCCUUUCGUUCGCGAGUUGCUACAUCAUGUGGGGUACGCAUCUCACAACCUCCCAAGGAGAACAGGAAACAAGUACUAACGGGCGGCUAUUUAGCUAUCACGUUUCUGGCACAAUGGCAUCCGCUUAUUGAGCCACGACGAGGAGGCUUGACGAAACAUGCAAUUCAUGAUAAUUGAGUGGGGAGGAUUAGAGUCGAAAUUGGACGGAUGAAUGGGGCCUAAGAUAACUUUAUGGGUGUAUAUUUUGGCGUUGAGGUGUGGGCUAUAGGAU